UUUUUUUUAUAACUUCUUGGAGCUUCACAUAUUUUUUCUUUCGUUUCUGCAAUGACCCUGCUUUAUUAAGCUUAGAUUACACAAAACCUCUUCUCGCUGAUGAGAAAGACAUAACGAUAUGGCCGGAUAUCGUUUUUGUAGCUCUGCGAACGUCUGCGCUGUUGUCGAUUUGUCUUUGUGUUCGUUAAAAAGUUGUACAGAAGUUGUUUUAUAUACUACAUAUUUUGGUUUAUCGAGACUGAGGGCCAUGUGGGGCUUUAAAAAUUUUGAAAGAAGUUUUGCAUUUCCAUAAGCUGAGCUGUUCUUUUUGAAGAAUAGGAUAAAUAACUAGCAAUACUUCUUACAAAUUCUUCCGGCGUUCGAGGCAACUUUGAACAGGCACUGCUCGCAACAAGUGCUGAUGAAUGGCAAAUACAUGGUAAGACUAUCAAGGCAUUUACCUCUGCACGUAACCUUGUU